AUAAAGCAAAGGACAAGAAUUGUAGUUUUCACGAAAAACACGCAGUGGAAAUCAUCAACAUGGGUUGUUUCAAUAUGGUAUCUUCCUCUAUUUAGUGAUCGAGAGAUUGUUUAUUGCUUUUUUUUUUUUGUUUUUGCAUUCUAAGAAGGAUCAGGGUGAUUGAAACCAACCACACGGGAGGAGAUUCCAUCGCGAGAGAUGCCAUUUUCCUCCUCGUGGAAGGUCUAAUAAUCACACGUCUCCUAAAUCUCGUCUUUUCAAACCUUCUAGGUUUUGAAGAAUGGAAGAUUUAAACAGGUUGUCAAACCCGGGAAAUUUCGGAUUCAUUGGAAGACAAUCACGAAUUCCCCAAAAAAACAUGGAAAAUAAUAUUUCUCCUCCUAAUAAUAUGCACCACCAUAGUGCUUCUUUAGAUGAUCUUCUCACAGAAGACCAACCAGCUUGGCUAGAUGAGCUCCUAAGUGAGCCAGCUUCACCUAAGAUUAACAAAGGUCAUAGACGUUCAGCUAGUGACACAGCUGCUUACUUGAACUCAGCUUUAAUGCCUUCAAUGGAAGAUCAGCUUAUGAAAAAUCAUGUUUCUGGUUCUUUUUGGCAAUUCCAGAACUAUGAUUUGUGGCAGUCCAACUCUUAUGAACAACACAAUAAAUUAGGAUGGGAUUUGUCUACCGCAAAUGGAACUAAUCUCCAAAGAAAUAUGUCAUGUGGAGCUGUAAAUAGAUUAGGUACCUCAACAUCGAAAUCCAUUGAGAAACAUGUAAGCAAAAUGAAAGAAGGAACUUCCACAAAACCAGAUGGUCCUGGAUCAAAGACUGACUCGAAACGUAUCAAACAUCAAAAUGCUCAUCGGGCACGUCUAAGAAGGCUUGAGUACAUAUCAGACCUUGAAAGGACCAUCCAAGUGCUACAAGUUGAAGGAUGUGAAAUGUCAUCUGCCAUUCACUACUUGGAUCAGCAGUUACUCAUGCUUAGCAUGGAAAAUAGAGCUUUAAAACAACGUAUGGAUAGUUUAGCAGAAAUCCAAAAGCUUAAACAUGUGGAGCAGCAAUUGCUUGAGAGAGAGAUAGGAAAUCUACAGUUUCGAAGACACCACCAACAACAACCACAACAGAACCAAAAACAAGUGCAAGCAAUACAACAAAAUCGAUACAACAAAUAUCAACCACCUGUUACACAAGAACCAGACUCCCAAUUUGCAGCCUUGGCAAUAUGAUUUAGGAAAUAUGGAUCCAUUACAAUUCAGAUUAUGCUGAGCUCUUCUUGCUCUAUCUUAAUGUCCAUACAACAUAGGUGAACUAUUGAUGUUUGUAUUCUUGAAUGAAUACCUAAAGAAACACCAUUAUGUACAUCACAAUGUGGUUGCCCAUAUCCCCCUCUAUUGCAUUUCUCUAUUUAUGGGAUGGUAGAGAAUCUAUUGUCAAGAAACAACUUCUUUCAUGUUAUGUCAUAAUUUGUAAUUCUUCUUAUUUCAUCUAUUAUAUAUAUGAAUAAAUAAUUUUUUGACAA